CGGGAGCGAUUCAAAAUGAUUCGGGCUGCGAGUGGAAACGAUGGUCCCGGCCUGUUUGAGUGUUUAGCCUCAGAGGAUGGUGUGCUCCAGAGAGAAGUAAGAGACAGAUUGAAGAACCAAGUGGCUGUAAUGAAGAAGAAAUUCCCAGAUUUCAAACCAGGCCUUGCAAUUUUGCAGGUUGGGAAUCGGGAUGAUUCGAAUCUCUACAUCAGUAUGAAACUGAAGGCUGCUGCUGAGAUUGGAAUCGAUGCCAAUCAUAUUAAGCUGCCAAACACAGCAACAGAAGCUGAGGUGCUCAAGUGUAUCACUGCUUUGAAUGAAAACCCUGCUGUUCAUGGAUUUAUAGUACAGCUACCUCUGGAUUCUAAUAAACCAAUCAAUACAGAGAAAAUCACUAAUGCCGUUGCACCUGAAAAGGAUGUGGAUGGGUUAAGUAGCAUCAAUGCUGGGAAACUCUCCAGAGGAGACCUUGGGGACUGCUUCAUUCCUUGUACGCCUAAAGGGUGCAUGGAGCUUAUCAGGCAGACUGGUGUCCAAAUAGCAGGUAAAAGAGCAGUGGUGAUUGGCCGUAGUAAAAUUGUUGGUGCACCAAUGCAUGACCUGCUGCUUUGGAACCAUGCCACUGUAACCACUUGCCACUCAAAGACUUCAGCACUGGCCGAGGAGGUCAGUAAAGCUGAUAUCCUAGUGGUGGCAGCUGGCAAAGCUGAAAUGGUAAAAGGUGAAUGGAUCAAACCCGGUGCUGUUGUAAUAGACUGUGGAAUCAACCAUAUACCAGACAGUACCAAGGCCAGUGGGAAAAGGGUAGUUGGAGAUGUGGCAUAUAGUAAAGCAAAGGAAAGAGCUGGCUACAUAACACCAGUUCCAGGAGGUGUCGGACCCAUGACUGUGGCCAUGCUGAUGCAGAGCACAGUGGAGAGUGCACAACGUUUUCUUGAGAAAUUCCAGCCUGGAAAAUGGAGCAUCCAGUAUAACCAGCUCACCCUAAAGACACCUGUUCCCAGUGAUAUUGAGAUCUCUCGAUCUUGCAUGCCCAAGCCCAUUGGUCAGCUUGCAAAAGAAAUCGGCCUGAUCUCUGAGGAGGUAGAGCUGUAUGGUCAAACGAAAGCCAAGGUUCUGCUCUCUGCCCUCAGACGCCUGAAGGACAAGCCAGAUGGCAAAUACGUGGUUGUGACAGGCAUAACGCCUACACCUCUGGGAGAAGGGAAGAGUACCACAACAAUGGGCCUUGUUCAGGCUCUUGGAGCUCAUCUGCACCAAAACGUCUUCGCCUGUGUCCGGCAGCCUUCUCAGGGGCCAACUUUUGGCAUAAAAGGUGGAGCUGCAGGUGGUGGCUAUUCUCAGGUUAUCCCCAUGGAGGAGUUUAACCUCCACCUUACCGGUGACAUCCAUGCUAUCACUGCAGCCAAUAACCUGGUAGCUGCUGCUAUCGAUGCUCGUAUGUUCCAUGAGUGGACCCAGACUGAUCAGGCUCUUUACACCCGCUUGGUGCCUCCGAUCAAUGGAAUUAGGCAGUUCUCUGAUAUUCAGAUCCGGAGACUGCAGAAAUUGGGUAUUAGGAAAACGGAACCCACGACCUUGACAGAGGAAGAGGUGCACAAAUUCGUGAGACUGGAUAUUGAUCCGACUACCAUUACAUGGCAAAGAGUGCUGGAUACAAAUGACAGGUUCCUGAGGACAAUCACUAUCGGCCAGUCUCCAACAGAGAAAGGCUUCUCACGAACAGCCCAGUUUGACAUCACAGUGGCAAGUGAAAUCAUGGCAGUCUUAGCACUCACUGAUGGGUUAGAGGAUAUGAGAAGACGACUGGGCAGAAUGGUGGUAGCCUCUAGCAGGACAGGAGAGCCGGUUACUACGGAUGAUCUCGGCGUGACUGGGGCUCUGACAGUGUUAAUGAAAGAUGCAAUUAAACCAAACCUCAUGCAGACAUUGGAAGGGACUCCAGUGUUUGUUCAUGCUGGGCCUUUUGCCAACAUUGCACAUGGCAACUCAUCAGUGCUGGCAGAUAAAAUUGCCCUGAAGCUCGUGGGUCAGGAAGGCUUUGUCGUAACAGAAGCAGGAUUCGGAGCGGACAUCGGCAUGGAGAAGUUUUUUAACAUUAAGUGUCGCUAUUCUGGCCUCCAGCCUCACGUGGUUGUGUUGGUUGCCACAGUGCGAGCUCUGAAAAUGCACGGAGGAGGGCCCACUGUCACUGCUGGAGUGCCUUUACCAAAGGAGUACACUGAAGAGAAUCUCCAGCUCUUGGCGAAUGGUUGUAGUAACCUAAGCAAACAAAUCCAAAACGCCCAUAUUUUUGGCAUUCCAGUAGUCGUGGCUGUCAAUGUAUUCAAAACUGAUACAGAGGCGGAGCUGGACCUGGUCACUCAAAUGGCGAAGGAGGCAGGGGCAUUUGAUGCUGUGAAAUGCACACACUGGGCAGACGGGGGGAAAGGAGCCCUUGCACUGGCCCGUGCAGUCCAGAGAGCAUCGCAGACACCAAACCAUUUCAAGCUCCUCUACAAUGUAGAGCUCCCUGUUAUGGAUAAGAUCAGAAUCAUUGCACAGCAGAUAUAUGGGGCAGAUGACAUUGAGCUCUCUCCAGAAGCAGAGCAGAAAAUUAUCCUAUACACGAAGCAGGGAUUUGGAAACCUGCCAAUAUGCAUGGCUAAAACUCACCUGUCAUUGUCUCAUGACCCGGAAAGAAAAGGAGUGCCUAAGGGCUUUGUUCUGCCCAUCCGAGACAUCAGGGCCAGUGUAGGUGCUGGAUUCCUGUAUCCACUGGUUGGUACGAUGAGUACUAUGCCAGGCCUUCCAACUAGACCCUGCUUCUAUGAUAUCGACUUGGACCCAGUGACAGAAGAGGUGAAUGGGCUCUUCUAAAAAAUGUUGCCAACCAGAGCUACCAGAAGACUACCUGAUGAGUAAUGUAAACUGAACUGUGCCCUGACUUAAGC